UGUCCACUUACCGAUUCACGGCGAUUAUUCGGAUCCUUCCAAAAUCGACGAUUCCCCCAGAGCCAUCCUUCUCCAGCCUCCUCAGAAUUCCCAACUGUCGCCGGGCGCAAUGCUUCUUCUAGGGUUCCUCCUGUUGCUCCUCCGCCUGGGCGAGGCUUCGAUCCACGAGUACUCCAAUGGUGUCUUCGCCCCGCGCUCUAACUCCUUCUUCUUCCACGGCGGAAGCGAGGGUCUCUACGCGUCCUCUGAGGUCAACAUCACCGCCCCAGCGUCCGACGGCAAUUCCUUCGUCCAGUUUGAUCUUGUAAUAUUCAAACGGACAAAAGAGUCAGCAUCCAAGCAUGGUGAUAUGCAGCAAAAGACUGGAUUAAUAGAAGCUAUACUAGUUGAAAUCCAAGAUAGGGACAAGAUUGGUGGUAGAUUCUUGGACACUGACGAUAUAUGCUGCACACGUGAGUUGCAUGAUCAGAACCUCUGUAAAGUAGGAGAAGUGAUCAUUCGCCCAAGUCAGGAUAACUCAGAUGGACCAGUACGUGUGCAAACAUUUUUUGAUGGGAAUGGUGAAGAGGCAACCAUGAAUGCACAAGCUAUUCCCAUCAAUAAAACUGGAAUGUACUAUCUUUACUUUAUGUUUUGUGAUCCACAACUUGUGGGCACUGUAAUUAAAGGUAGAACUGUUUGGAGAAAUCCACAUGGCUAUCUUCCUGGGAAAAUGGCUCCUUUAAUGACAUUCUAUGGAUUCAUGUCAUUGGCAUAUCUUCUGCUUGGUCUCUUUUGGUUUCUCCAAUUUGUGCGGCAUUGGAAGCAUACACUGCAUCUUCACUAUCAUAUUACAGCUGUUAUUGCUUUAGGCAUGUGUGAAAUGUCUUUUUGGUACUUUGAGUACGGAAACUUCAAUUCUACUGGAACUCGACCUAUGGGUAUAACCAUUUGGGCAGUCACUUUCACGGCCAUCAAAAAGACUGUUUCUCGCCUUCUGCUUCUUGUUGUUUCAAUGGGAUAUGGUGUUGUCAGACCAACUUUGGGUGGCAUAACAACAACAGUUGCUCUUCUCGGGGUCGUAUAUUUCAUUGCCUCGGAAGCUCUAGAACUUGUUGAGCAUUUGGGAAACAUCAAUGACUUUGCUGGAAAAGCAAGACUGUUCCUGGUGCUGCCUGUUGCUCUUUUGGAUGCAACUUUCAUUGUCUGGAUGUUUUCAUCAUUAUCAAAAACUCUAGAAAAGCUUCAGGUUAGGAGAAACACAGCAAAACUGGAACUAUAUCGCAAGUUUACCAAUACUCUUGCUGUUUCUGUGCUUCUAUCAAUUGUCUGGAUUGGCUAUGAGUUGUAUUUUAAUGCAAUUGAUCCAUUAAGUGAGCUUUGGCAAAGGGCUUGGAUUGUCUCUGCAUUCUGGAGUGUUCUCUCUUUUGUACUCCUUGGAGUUAUCUGCAUCCUGUGGGCUCCAUCUCAGAAUCCAACUAGAUAUGCAUAUUCAGAGGAUACAAAUGAUGACUUCGAUGAUGAGGGUCCUCUUACGGGAAGCGGUGCCAGAGGCAUUGGUGAUCCCUUGAGCAAACUGGAAAGGAAGGAAAGAAAGAACAUUGAUCAUGCAUUUGUGUCGGCAGGUGACCAUGAGGAGGAUAAAAGAGAGUAGUAGAAUUCCUCCCCUGCAUGGGGUUUGGAUCUACCUUGCUGGUUCUGGAAAUAUACCUGUCGAUCGCAUAUAGAGAGAGAGCUGCGUGUGAUAACGUUCCUAAUGUUCAUAGCUAGGAGCUAUGGAUUUGUUCUAAAACAAAUUAUUUAAUUUCACUUGUAAGUAAAAUUUUAAUUUCACUUGUUUUUUUUUUGUAAAUUGAGUUCGAUUUCACUUGACUAUCAACUCGUCCAACCUUUUUGACUUUAGCCC